GCCACGUCCUGGUUGACGUCGGCAGUCAGGGCACUUCCGGAUUGCAGGCUAACAGGUUUUGAUUUUCACGGUGUCGAAGAGAAAAUCCGUGAAAACAGCGUGGUGAGCUCUUCUGAAUAAGGCGGUGGGAGCAGCAGAGGGUGGACGGCACCAUGAACGGCCAGCUUGACCUAAGUGGGAAGCUGAUCAUCAAAGCCCAGCUGGGCGACGACAUCAGACGCAUCCCCAUCCACAAUGAGGACAUCACCUAUGACGAGCUGGUGCUGAUGAUGCAGCGCGUCUUCCGGGGCAAGCUGCAGAGCAACGAUGAGGUCACCAUCAAAUAUAAGGAUGAAGAUGAUGACCUCAUCACAAUCUUUGACAGCUCUGACCUCUCCUUCGCCAUCCAGUGCAGUAGAAUACUCAAACUCACUUUGUUUGUGAACGGCCAGCCACGGCCCCUGGAGUCCAGUCAGGUUAAGUAUCUGCGCAGAGAGCUCAUUGAACUCCGGAACAAAGUCAACAGCCUGCUGGACAGCCUAGAGCCCCCUACAGAGCCUGGCCUGGUUGCCACGGCACCAGACAGUGAGUCAGUCGAUGGGCGUGAGGGGAAGGCAGUGGCAGUGGACCCAGUGGUUAAGCAGGCAACGCCAGUCAGUGCGGCGAGCAUGUCGGCCUUCGACCCCCUCAAGAACCAGGAUGAGGUUAACAAGAAUGUCAUCUCAGCCUUUGGCUUGAGCGAAGAACAGGUCCCAGCUCUCCCUGGGGUAGCAGCUGAGGAGCGCUCAGGGACCCCCGACAGCAUCGCCUCCUCUUCAUCUGCAGCCCCCCAGCCAGGUGUUCCCCCACAGCCCCAGGCUCCUUAUGCUGGGGUACAGCAGGGCCCCCCAGCAGCCAUGGACGGACAAGUGUACCAACAGUACCAGGCUCCAGGUGGAUACCCGCCACCUCAGCAACCUGCUGCCCCCCCACAGCAGCAGUACGGCAUGCAGUACCCUGCAGGAUACAGCCCCCAGCCUGGAGCGCCUCAGCCGGGACCCCCUCAACAGCAGCAGCAGCAAUUCCAGAACUACCCUCCCCCCUCCUCCCAGGCCCCUGCUCCGGGUCAGGCCCCCGCCCCAGGCUUCCAGGGUGGACAGCAGCAGCAGCCGCCUCCACCUCAGGGAGCUCAGCAAUAUCCUCCAGGAGCCUUCCCUCCCCAAAACUACACCUCCCAGGCUUCCCAGCCUGCCAACUAUAGCCUGCCCACCAGUUCCCAGCCUGGCCCAGGAUACCAGCACCGCACUGGCUACACCCCACCACCAGGAAACACCGUCACCCCACCACCAGGAGCGGCUAACCCUUAUGCCCGUAACCGUCCCCCCUACGGCCAGGGCUACACUCAGCCAGGACCCGGAUACCGGUAAAGAUAGGCUGCAGUGUUCCUGAUCCUCAUACAAAACCCAAACCUUACCUUUUGUGUUGCUCCAGCUCUGUUUUUGGAGUGAGUGCGGUAAACAUCUGGCCCAUUUCACAAAUAUGAAGUCCAAAUAUGAAACAAGCAGCCCUCCCCAAUCUUAUCAUUCAUGUUUGUAUGCUGUCUGUCUGACACAACGCUCUUUUUUUUUUUGGCCCCUCUUUGUUAAAGGCUUCUUUAUCCCCAUUCAUUCCACGUCGGUCAGCUUCCCAUCCUCUUGUGUCUGUCGUCGUAAAGUUGUAGUCAGUCUGUACGCACACACCUGGGAGACCAAAACAGGCUGUUGUACAAGCCCUUGUUAAAUGUGAUUUUGUUUGAUUCACGGCAACACUUAAUUUGGCUAGCAAAAAUCAGACUCCAUGUUGUGCAUCUAAUAUCAUGCCUGUCUACUAAGAUGGCGCAAAUGGAAGCAGCUAAGAUACCGUGCUGAGUUUGCUGACUACCUUUAGAUGCGUUAAUAACACACUAAAUGAAGUUUCCUGUUAAAAAAAAAUUAUUUUUUUUUGGCUGUUUUUGUCUAAUCAACCUUACCACCAUGUCGGUAUUAAUGAUGUGUCAAUGAAACUGCCCUCUGUUGGGAACACUAGUAGUGAUGGCUGACAGGAGAUGUAGAUCUCUUGUAUCCAGAAGGAUCCCUCUUUGUUUUAGCCUGGUAGAUCAUUUCCAAUAUGCAUAUCGCUAUGUCUGUCUCCUUUUCUCUUAUCACUGGUUUUUACUAAUAUAUCGGAUCAGAAAUCCCACCUUCAAGUAAUAUUAGUUGUUUAAAGUGUAACAUUUUUCGCUGAAACCCAAUAAACAAUUGCGACCCAGCUUGAAGUCCUUUGGUAUCUCUUGGUAUUUUCUCAACCUCUCUCUUUCCAUCUCUCAACACCUCCCUCACAUUGUGGUUUCUGAGUUCAUGUCUCGGUGUUGAGCUUGGUUUCCCAGUGCCCUCUCGCUCCCUUUCUCUCUCUUCCCCACCCGGAUUUGGAAAACUGUAGUAAUGCCCGUACUCCCAAUUUGUUUUUCGGCUGAGGGUUGUGGUUGGCAGGGGCGCGUGGCGAGGGAGUGUGUGGUCGGUUUUUCAUGUCAAGCUUUCACACUGACUGAGAAGAAGUGUGCACACGGGCUUUAUUAAAGAUAAUUUGGAGAAAUGUGUGGAGCAGAGCUCUUCGGAACAGUCUGUGCCAACCUAGAGUCAAAUUUCUUGGAUGUGUUGGUCUACAACUGAUGGUUUGAAAGUGC